AUGCAUUUCAACUCCAUCUUCUCGGCGCUUGCCCUCGCCCUACCGGUCUAUUCGCUUGGCGUCACUGCUGGCAUGGGCUGCUACUCCGACGUUGAAUCUUUCGAAAACCAGGGCCCCUACACCUACCAAUCCCACGGAUAUUGCCAGGACCUAUGUUCAAAGAAAGAUUUCAAGAUCGCUGCACUGACCCGGGGCACUAUGUGCUACUGCGGCAACAAGAUGCCGUCUGAUUCCGCCAAGGUCGCCGACGAGAAAUGCGAUGCACUCUGCAUUGGCUACCCCGGGUCAAGCUGCGGUGGCAAGGAUGCCUUUACUGUCAUCCAGGCUGCUGAAAACGUCGGAGCUCCUGCCUCCGGCGCCUCCACGACCGUUACCGCCACAGCAUCAACCGCAGCUGGCGGAAUCAUCGUCGCACCUUCGACGGCCGCUGGUGCCCCAACCGGCAUCAUGACUGCGUUAUCAUCUACCAACACCAAGUCUGCCGAGACGGGAUCGAAAUCCACUGCCUCCGAAUCGGGCUCAACUUCGUCGUCACCAUCGCCCUCGCCCACCUUUAAUGCUGCCGGAACUGUGCGUGCUGGAUCAUCGCUGAUCGGCGCUGCUAUCGCAGGCAUGGGCUUGCUUCUGUGA